CACUAUAGGUACACAGAUCGAUAAUGUAUGUGAUGUGGAGAAUUUUAUGAUUCAAUACGUGACGUCUUUCGGCGACUCGCAAACAUAUAGUGAACAUUAUAGAUAAGAAAUGAUUAAUGAAAAUAAUUCUUUCUCUCUUCGUCUUUUGUCUAUCUAGGCAUCACAAUGAAUACUACUCCUGUUGCUUUGAACAAAGCUGCUAUGCGAAAAUAUGAAGAUUUGGAAGUACCAUGUGAAGCGGUGUUGGCUAGCUACGUCUGGGUAGAUGGAAGCGGCAUUAAUUUACGCUCAAAAGAUCGUACAUUUGAUUUUGUGCCAAAAUCUCAUAUAGAUCUACCCAUUUGGUACUUUGAUGGUAGCAACACAUCUCAGGCGAAUCCAGAUAAUUCAGACACGUUUAUUUUCCCUCAAGUGAUUUAUCACGAUCCAUUCCGACGUGGAAACCAUAUUCUAGUCUUGGCGGAUACCUACCAAUACAACUAUCAACCUACUUCUACAAAUUUUCGUAAGAAUUGCGUCAUGCUUUGUGAGAAAGCCGAUGUAGAGGAGCCAUGGUUCGGUUUCAAUCAGGAAUUCUUCUUCACCACAACCGAUGGUCGACCACUCGGUUGGCCUCCCGGAGGCUUCCCUGCGCCACCAGGACCAUAUUACUGUGCUACGGGGGCCAAUAAAAUCGUUGCAAGAGACUUAAUGGAGGCUUUUUACAGAUGUUGCCUCUACGCAGGUGUUAAAUUAAAUGGAAUUAAUCCAGGAAGUACACCUUCACAGUGGAAUUUUCAGGUAGGACCUAGUCCAGCUAUUCGAUCUGGCGACGAUCUUUGGAUGGCUCGCUAUAUUUUAGCUCGUUUGGCUGAAGAGUAUGGUACAGUGGCAACCUUUGAACCUCAGCCAGUACCAGAUUGGCCGGGAAACGGAACUUUUGUCUAUUUUUCAUCGAAGGACAUGAGAGAGGAUGAUGGUAUACUAGUGAUUGAACGAGCUAUAGACAAAUUGGCUCGACGACAUGGUGUUCACAUCAACGAGUAUGACGCCAAUAAUGGCGCAGACAAUGCGCGCCGCCUCACCGGGAAAAAUGGGAUGCCACAUAUAAGAGAUUUUACUGCAGGUGUAGCUAAUAGAAGCUGCAGUGUGAGGAUACCACGACAAGUUUCUGAGGACAAACGAGGAUAUCUCGAAGACCGGCGACCAGCAUCGAACGCUGACCCCUACCGAGUCAUAUCUAUCAUACUAAGAACUUGUAUAUUUGAUGAAUAGUACUAAUUAAGUCUCAGAAUUUAUAUAUGAAAUAUUUGUGUUUGUAUUAUAUAUUACAAUAAUAGUACCAAUUCAAUCUGAGAAAUUGUAACAUUUGAAAUAUUUUUAUUAUAAAUAAAGUUUAAAACAUGUUGGUAAUAUAAAUUAUGCUUUCUACUCCUGUCGGUGAUAUUCAAAACGCUC